AUGUUUUUAAAACGGGCUUGGACCAUCUUAGAAAACUGGGAAGCAGCCAGAAAACCGGUUCAGUUGUUGUUUUCUUUCUUACACACAUGCAGCUUCCAUAAUCACAACCCUACCCCUCCAGUUUGCCAUUGCAUAUCCACAAGCUCAUCCUCGCUGGUCACAGAAUUUUCUACUGCACAGAAACAAAUUUGUCAACUGCCAAAAAAGGUAAAGAAGAGAUUUAAAGAAAAAGAGAAGGCAGCUGAAAAAUCAAGAAGAAAAUCAUGGAGUGGAAAUUAUGGGUUGAGGGUUCCUGAUUUAAGUGCUCAGAGAGAGAGAGAGAGAGAGAGAGAGAGGGAGGGAGGGAGGGAGGGUUGUACUGGCAAGUGGUUCGGCAAGAGUCAAGAUGGGAUUGCCAGUGUGAAGGCUGAGCUUGGAAAGCCAAUGCAUCUCAUCCUGACAAAGGAGAGGUUUCCAUAUAUGUUGAUUGCGGUCCAACAGCAGAAUCAACUUUUGAGAUACAAAGAAUCUGAUCUCCGCGCUGCGCUGAGACUCCCGUCCGCACAGCGCGGACACUAUUCUCCAUGCGCACGGAGAGAUUGUCCUGCACGCGGAGUUCUCUCUAGCGGAGACCCCUCCGCCCUGCGCCGUGAUCUUGAUCCUACUGCCCUCAAAACCAUACCUGCUGUAAUAUAUUAUCCCAAUGAGUUCAAGGAUAGAUUGGAAUGUGCAGUGUGUCUUUCUGAGGUCUCACUAGGGGAAAAGACUAGGAAUGAAAAUGAAUCCUCAUCGAAUUCUAGUAGUCCUGAAGAGACUGCAAUCCAAACCCCAAUUGAAGAAAAUUCAUGCCACCCACCAAAUUUUCCCACCAAUGUGUUGUUCUGGGGUAACGAGACUCAUGUUAUUACAUUUGGACCUUGUUUAGAGGAUAGUCAUCAAGGCAUUGCAACUGCUACUCCGUUUCAACCCACUAGCUCGUCAUCAUUGGCAUCGACAAGAAAUAGGCCAGACGGAAUGCUUGUGAUUGACAUUCCAAGACAGGGCAGAGGUAGUGAGGAAUUAUCUGUGGAGCUGUCUACUGCACUUCAGCGGUGUCUCUUGGGUGGUAAAAGUGGAGCAGGGGCUGGAAUCGAUCUCUCAUCUCUGUCAAUUGUUGAGGGCAAGGUUUGUUGGGAUAUUUAUAUCGAUGGUCUUGUGGUUAGUUCAGAUGGGAAUCUGCUCGAUGCCUUGGGUGCUGCCAUUAAGGCUGCUCUGAGCAAUACAGCUAUUCCAAAAGUUGAAGUCGCAGCCAAUGCCUCAUCAGACGAACAGCCAGAGGUUGAUGUAAGCGACGAGGAAUUUCUACCGUUCAGACACAACUGGAGUCCCUGUCAAAAUUACGUUAACAAAGGUUGGCAGACAUUAAAUUGUAGAUGCAACUCCAGAAGAGGAGUCCCAAAUGAGUUCAGCCGUCUCCAUUUCUGUCCAUAG